AUGGCGCUCGCACCGCUUGGAACCCAAGUGCGCCCAUACAGGGACUACCUGACGCCAGCGCUGCACCGAAGAUUUAACAAAGCCAGUCGCUAUACGCUGUUGCUAUGCUAUGCGAUCGCGUGCUGGAUGGGAGAAUGGAAUAACCUGCUAUGGCUAUGGUUUCCAUUAGGCCUUACUGGCAUUCGAACCCUCCUAAUCUUCCUCUCCGCCCUUACCAUCUACGUCCUUCGCGUUGCUCAGUGGCAUGUUGGCCGGCGCCAAACACAAACUCGAGCGGAAACAUUCACAAAGUACUUCUUCCGUCCUGCGACGCUGGUCACGCUCAUCGCCUAUUCUUUCUCUGCGAUGAUGUUUGUAGAGACGUAUAUCUGGUCGCGGGGUACCAAGGACAGGCUCAACUUCAUCGAGGCGGGCCGUAUGCACGAGCGAUUCCGACUGAACGAGAGGCCGCUUUACCUGCGUUAUCUCUUUUACGUCCUGGCAGCGGCACAGUCUGGAAUACACUUGUGGAGGGACUAUGACAAGAUCGAGGUACAAGCUAUGAAGCCCAAGAAGGAGCGGGGUGAUGCGGCACCUGCAACACCCACGCGACGAGCACCCAAGCCGAGAAACGUCCUUUUCAAACAGCUCAAGGGCAUCGCGACCCUGUCGAGCUCCCUAGCUUCGGUCAUCGCUCUUGUUGGAUUCGCCCUCUACUUUAUUGGAACCCGCAACCUGAUCUGGAGCUACUAUUACAGCUUUGGUCGAUACCUCUGGAGCUUGUCCAAGACUUCCACGCCGACCGGGCUCGCACCGUUUCUGCCUCUGUGCUUCAUGUUCAUCACAGAAGGAACCCUGCUUGUCGUGAUUUGGGAGUUUGUCAACAAGACCUUCGACGUGUACAUUGCGCAAGAACCAUUGAAGAACGAUGUACCUAUUACGAACGACUCCACGGAUCCCAAUGGAUCUCUCUUGAAUGGACUCAAGUCGAAGAAGGACACUGUCAGGGCCAUUGCUUUCUGGGAACUAGCCCUUAUAACGGACGCCUUCCCUGAUCGCCGCAAGACUAUCUACAGCGAAAUGGAACGUAAGAAGGCACCGACACACCAGCAAGUUACAGAUCUCUGUCUGGGAGAACUCAGAUUCCUUGUCGAUCGUGUCAGCGUUGGCCUUGAUCCCGCCUACCAGCCUAGCAGCGGAUCUGGCCAGGACCAGCCAGCCGGACCUGUCAGCUUGGUGCCUCGCAUUGCACAACCGCUCAAGGACGAUAAGCCAAUAUCUGCUGCCCCACCAAAACCGAACACUAGAUGGGAACAUAUCGAGGCAACAACAGCCAGCAUUGCAAAAUCACAUAGCGCCCCUGGGAACGCACAGCAAGCAUACAGUCGUGAAGCUAUCAACAGGGGAGUGAAGAAGGCUCAAGAUGGUGCCAAGGAGGCUGAAUCAUUCUUCACGAUGUACUACAACAAGCUUGUCUCUUCCCCAGUCGGCGUGCUGUUCCAACAUUCCUUCCAACGGACAGCAAACAUUGUUGUUCUCGGCGCACCUUACUCUCAGCUUUCUCGAGUCUGCAAUGCCGCAACUGCUCUGACAAACCUUGCCGUAUUUUCACUAGCCGAAGACAGUAUGGGUCGCUUCCAUCAAGGGAUUCCGAGCAUAGUACGUGUAUUCACUAUUGCGCUCAAGAAGAUUGAUGAGUAUAUGGAAGUAGCUCCUAUUCAUUCAAGUGACAUUGAGACGCUCAACAAGCCGGAGGCGGAGAGGAAGAAGGUUCCCGAAGUAGACGAAGCCCGGGAAUGUCUCAGAGAAGGCCUUGAGAAGAUCCUCGGUAGCUUCAAUGAGUACCUGGGUGGUAUGGGACUGAGUAAGCUGGAGAUCAUGGAGGCAAAGAAGAUUGUGGGUGUUAAGAAGGCACCGGAGAUGAUUCAGGCGGCUGCCAAACAGUAG